AGGGUCACCCUCCAGGGGGUGCCGAGUUGAGCAGCCAGAGCAAGGAGAGGGGACACCACAUCACUUCACCCAUAAGCUCCCAACGGACAGCACUACUUUGCGAUUGAUGAAUGAAAUUAGGAAGUAACUGAAGAAAAAUUAUUAAGAAAAGUAGAUGAGAGAAACGAAAACGAAUAUUUUAGAGAAAUAGAAGGCAGUUUGACUCUGAGCUCUGUUCCAGUCCCCAGAGGGCAGCUGGCAUUUGCUGAGCACCAGGGAGACAACCAAGCAGGACAUGUGGCUGCUCCCGGUUCUGUUCCUUCUUGUCAUCCAGGGCCACUUCUGCACCUGUGAGGGAAAAAAGGUGAGAGGCACAUUGGGGGGCACACUGACUGUGCGCUGUGCAUAUGGUCCGGGAUGGGAAUCCUACAAGAAGUGGUUGUGUCGCGGGAAUGACUGGGAUUCCUGCAAAAUCCUUGUGAAAACCACUGGGUCAGAGCAACUAGUGAAGAAGGGCCAAGUGUCCAUCCAGGACAAUCACAGCCGACGCACAUUCACCAUGACCUUGGAGGAUCUCCAGCAGGAUGACGCAGACACUUACUGGUGUGGGAUCGAGCAAUUUGGCACUGACAUGGGGAUCGAAUUUUCCGUGAUUGUCAAUCCAGCCCCUGAUCCAACAGACUCUCCCAAGCCUGUAGCGAGAACAACGCUGCCCAGUUGGACUUCCUCUCGUCCAUUUCCCCAGGGCAUCAACAGCAGCCAGCCCAUGGAUUUGAAUAGCCCGCUAACCAGAUCGGGGACCAUUGCCUCCACUGUGGAAGCAGAGAAAAGAAAGGGUGUACUCUCAUUCCACCAUCGGUCCUCAGCCGCAUCUGUAAUCUCUCCUGUGUGGAUCCUCCUGGUAGCUCCUUUCCUUGCCACCCUCGAGUUGCUCUGCCAAGGAUAAAUGACCCUUUCAUCAUUCAGGACUCUGGCCAACAAUGGGUUUCCAAUUCCAGUAAGCAUAAAGCCUGGGUUAAACCAAAAAGUUCCAGAGUGUGUCCACAGGGACAAAGACCCCCUGAUGGGCCAGCUGCACAGAGUUCCGCCAAUUCCACCUUCUGCUGCAUCAGCGCCUCCAAGAAAGAAUUCCUUGAAUGUAAAAGAUGGAAAGCAGGGUUGGACCAUCGCCCGACCCACAUCUGACCUGUUUGCCCUUUACAUUUCCUAUGAAAUCUGUGGCUUUCUUUGCUCUUUUGAGAUUAUUUGGGGGGACACCAUUUCAAUGUUUUAUAUGUGAGAGGAUGACCCUUCCAUUCUAGAGGGCGGGAAAUGACUCUAAAUCCAACGCUAGAAUCCGAAUGUGUCCGGGAAACGGGCAGUUGUGUGUGUAAAUUUGUCCAUAGUGGUUGAAGUUACUCUUUCCCCCUUUGUAAAUAGUAAGUGUUUUGCGGCAGGGCUUUGUAACCAUGUAAAUAUCCGCCUGUCCCUGCACCUACAUCAGUGGCCUCUAAGCACAGGGGACUCAUGCAGUCAUCACCAGAACAGUUCAUUUCUGUCCCUCCAGUUGUCUCUUGGCUUCACUGGUCCUUAGGUGCAGGGGUUCCAGGGACCAUUUGGACUCUUCCAUUGAGAUGGAACGGAUCUGUCCCCUCCUCACCCAUGACACUGUCCAUCCCCCAGACAGCUCAGACCCACCAUCACCCACUCCUGGAUUUGGCCUGACCUUUGGCCUUUAUGUCCCGCCCCCGUGAACACUCUCACCCCCACGCCCAGCUGUGCAACACAGCCCAGGAUGCCCAGCCCUUCCUUUUUAACUUCCUCUACUCAGUCAUCAAAAACUAAUAACACAAGCCUUUUUCUUUUUUAAUUUUCAAAGUUACACAUGUUUCCUCUCAAUAAUGAUUUGGGUUUUGGGUUUGUUUUUUUUUUUUUUUCUCUUCCACUUACAUUCUUCCUGGGCUCUGUCUGCUCUUUUUUUGUGUCCUUAUUUUAUUUUAUUUUAUUUUAUUUUGUUUUAUUUUAUUUUAUUUUAUUUUUAAUCCCACAAAUGCAAGGUCGGUUUUUUAUUAACUUUUUAUUUUUUUAAUAUGAAAUUUAUUGUCAAAUUGGUUUCCAUACAAUACCUAGUGCUCAGAUAUUUUAUUUUGAACGAUUUUGGGGACCUCUAUCUCUUUUCUGAGCUCCUUCUUUAGAGAGGUCAUGUUGUCCAUAAUUUCUCCGAGACUGAGCUGAACUGGCCAGCUGGACUCUUCCUCUGUGUCCUGGGGCCCUGGAGCUCACAAAGCAAGUUCUCCAGCUGCAUUUUGCUGGCACUGUGUUCCUCUCCUUGAGUCCAUCAGUUAGGAAAGGUGCUGGUUCAUUUUCGAGUAGAAGCUUCUUUUGAAUGUGGUCGGGGCACUGCAGAGAGUGUGGGUGGGCAGCGGGCGUUCUGCAGAGGCGGGUGGCUUCUUGUGGGGAACACCUCCCACCAGUGCUGACAGCUCCAGCCCACAUGGUUCUGGUUCACGCCUCUGAAAAGGGCAAGACCUCCAGGCCCAGCAGCCCGUGCACGUUACCGCAUGAGGAGUCCGGCCCCAGGUUUCCGCCGCAGGGCUGAGUCUCCCAGGGGCCUCCCCCCAGCCCUCUGUGCAUCCGGCAGAGGCAGCAUGUUCCUUGAACCAUCCUGCCUGGGGCUGGGACAUUAAGUUCUCUCUGCUCAGAUCUUCCGUGGGGCACAAAACAGCGAUAUUUCUGUCAUGUCAUAGAUUCUGUGGUCAAGAAUUCGGACAGAGUGCAGCAGGGAUGGCCUGUCUCUGCUCUAAAAAGUCUGGGCCUCAGCUGGGAAGACAUAAUGGUGGUGGUGGGGGAGGGAUCUAAAUGGCUGGGUGCUGCUGUCAUCUGGAAGCUUCUUUUCUGCGUGUCUGGAACAUGCGCCAAGACUGAGUUCAAUCUCGAUAUUUGACCUGAGAUCCUACAGGAGGCCUCUCCGUGUGGAGCUGGGUUCUGAGAAGGAGAGUCUCCAGAGCAAGUGUUUCAAGAGACGGAGGACAGAGUUAGAGGGUUCCUUUGGGCCUGGCCUCAGAAGUCACACAGGGUCACCAUACUCUAUCCAUGCAUUGUGACAAGUAUUGGUUCUUGGAAGGGAAAAAAUGCUACUCUUUAAUAUACAAAACAUAGAUGAUCAAUUGACAGAUGGAUCGAUUGAUCGAUAUAUAGAACAUAGGCAUAUAUAGGCAUAUAUCUUUGGUAUUAAAAUUUCAUACCCAUGGUGGGGAUUCUAGUAAAAGAAUGUCUAAACAGGCUCCUUAGGAAGAUACUUAUAGGGAAAAGUUGGGAAUCUGCUCUAGGCUACUGACCUCACAGCCCCAGCCCACCCAGACUCAAGGGGAGGGGACACACCCCCAACUCUCAAUAACAGGAGUGUCAAGAAAUUUACAGUCCCCGUUUAGAGCUGCCACCUGGAAGAAUCUUUUUUUUUAAUGUUUAUUUAUUAUUUUUGAGGGACAGAGAGACACCAUGAGCAGGGGAGGGGAGGAGCAGAGAGAGAGAGGGAGACACAGAAUCUGAAGCAGGCUCCAGGCUCUAAGCUGUCAGCACAGAGCCUGACACGGGGCUCGAACUCACAAACCAUGAGAUCAUGACCUGAGCCAAAGUCGGAUGCUUAACCAACUGAGCCCCCCAGGAGUCCCAAUUGCUUUUGGAAGACUCUUAACAUAGUGCCUUCACAUCACAUUAAAGAAUGAGGAGCCCAGAAGGGCUGAGGCCCCAGACCCCCAGUCAUAAUGCCAGGGAGCAGACUUGGACCUGCCCCAAGGAGGUCCACACAGCAAUCCUGCGAGUCCAUCUGUGCACUGGACAGGUCAGUUCCCAAGCCUGCUGGGUGCACCAUGUGGCCCCAGUGUAAGUACUAGGCAGACACAACAAUGCUCUGCACUUUCUCUGCUUUACUCACUGGUCACAGACCACAUCUGAGACUUGCAUGAACUUACAAAUAGGUUUUGCUUGGAUCACAAUAUUUAUUUAAGUGGAGGUUGUUGCCUAUAUGUACACAUGAGCCAUUUCACUCCUGGCUUCUCUUUUAAAAGCAGAAAUGCCAGAAAACAGUGGGUCCACGAUGCUACAUGCUCCACAGGGUCAUCAGAGUGCUUAAGACCUUCCAGGGGCUCCAAGGGUUCCAGGACACCACUAAAGCACACAGAUUAGGAAGGAAAAAAUAAAACUGUGCCUUUGUACAGGCAACAUGAUUGUGUAGAAAAUCCUAAGGAAUCUAUCAAAAAAAUUUUACCAAACUGCUAGAACUGGUAAAUUAAUUUAACAAGUCACAGGAAUAAAGAUCGAUACACACGCACAUACACACAUAUACAUGCAUACAUACACACACACAUACACACAUACACUUACACAUAUGCACACGGAGACACAUGCAUACACAUGGGCACUGACACAUGCAGAGACACACACAUGCAUGCACACACAUACACACAUACAUACACUCACACAUACACACAUACACUAACACAUAUACAUACAUACAUAAACACAUACACAUAAACACACACAUAUACACACCUACACACACACUAUCUUACUUGUAAACUAGCAAUGAGCAUGUAGAAAAUGAAACGAAAAGCACCGUGUUGUUCAUGAGUGCUCAAAAAGAAGACAAAAUACCCAGGUAUAAAUCUAACAGAACACAUGCAACAUCCAGAUACUUAAAUUUACAAAACCCUGGUGAUAGAAGCCAAGGAAUAUUUAACUAAAUUGCAAGAGGUACCAUGUUUAUGGACUGGAAGACUCAACAUAGUAAAGAUGUCAAUGUUCCCAGUAUUGAUCUAUAAGUUUAAUAUGAUUCCGAUCAAAAUACCAGGAAGAUUGUUUUGGUAGAUACACACAAACUUACUUGAAAAUUUAUCUGGAAAGGCAAAGAAAUGAGAAUGCUUGAAAUAAUUUUGAAAUAGAAUAAAGUGCAUCAUAAGCUUCUUUCUUGCCCAUCAUUGUGUUUCCUA